AUGAACACAUCAACAUCUGAGAUUAUAUCAACAACUUUGAUGUCGAUCAUCGAAUAUGCUGAAGAAGAUCUUUUCGAUGAGGUAACAACAAAAAAAUCGAGUUCGAGAACUUUUCCAACAUGUUCUGAAUUGUUGUGUGGUGAGUUUUUUGAAAGCUUGAGAUUUAGUUUAAUUCGAAAAUGUGUUCAUCCUCACAGAUGUAUACUUCACACCUCGAAAAAUUAUCUCAAUUGCAAUUAUGUUGGGAAGAUUGACCAUCGCUUUGCUUAUCAUUUUGCUAGGCACAAAAAUGGAGAAAGAUUUUAUGAGAUCAAUUUCGAACGCGAUUUUUAUUCCAAUUAUAUUCACGGAACUUUACACAGUGUAUAUUGAAGUUGCGUUUUAUCGCCUUCUUUUUGCAGAAAACAAAAAAGAUUACGAUGCUUUUAUGGUGUAAGUUCUAGAAUUGGGUAGAAAGGGAGCUUUUUUUUUUGUUUUUUGUGGGUAUUUUUCGAAAAGGUUGUGAUGAACUUGAGGCUAGAAAAUUGUUUGCGAAAACCGUAGUUUUAUGAAAAUGUGUAGAAAGCGUGAAGUAGGCUAGGAUGUUUGAGAUUCAAAUUCAAAAAAAAAUCCUCUCAUCCCAACCCCUCGUAUUUUUCUAGAAACUACAUAACAUGGACCGAUCAAUUCAUGACAUUUUUAAAUGAUUAUGUGCAUAUCAAUAUAAUGUGUUUACUUCCGCUUAUUUUAUAUUGUGGUCGAAUUGCAACACUUCCUGCUGACAGAAUCAACGCAUUUCCAACAAAGUAAACAACUUUAUUUCACAAAAGUGCAACUCUUUUAAAAUAAAAACAAUUUCAGCACGAUUUGUUUGAUAAUGCAGAUAAUCCCAUUUUUUGUCAGUAUUCUGAAUUACAUCAAUACAGUAAGCAGUGCUGUCGUUCUAGCACUUCUCGCAACAUUGUCACAGAUUCUUACAAUUAUUUGUUUCUCGAUUAUUUUCAUACAAAUUUUUUGGGUGAGACAAUCAUAUGACUCACAUAACAAUCAAAAACCAAACAUUUUUCUAGUCAAUGUUCAUUAUGAUGCGUGAUCUACCGUACGAAGCGGCAACUUCAACAGAUAUGCAAAUUCGGGAUGCGAGAAGUCGAUUGGCUUGGUCAUUAGCCUAUAUGGUUAUCCCAUUCCUAACUUUGAUUCCUUUUGUGAUCGAAGCGAUUUUUGUGAUCUUCAAGAUUGUUCCAGCGAAAAAUGGGGGAUUGUAUAAACUUCGUGUAAUCAUGGAAAUUUUGAUAAUUAUGAUACAUUUUUAUCGACCAACUUGGAUGGUUUUGAUUACUAUGAUAUUUUUGCCACCAUAUCGGUAAGGGUUUCAGGCUGGAAAAAUUUUCCCUUGAAUUAUAUUCAACAAGGUCCAUCUUUUUUGCAGUCGCGCAGUUCCACUCCUUUUCUGCUGCUGUUCUUGUUGUCCAAAAGUCGACGUCGAACCAUUGCCACGAAAAGCACCGGACACAAGUCUUAUGUACAAAUAUGCUGAUAUCUAA